UACCGUAUGACAGGUGGCAUACGGUCUUUUGAGAAAGUAGAAUACGUGACAUUUUGACGUAAUGCAUAUUAAAUUAUGACAUGUAUUUACUAUUAAAGUCUUUUGCUACUUGCGUAUGUCUAUAGGCUGUAGCCUACUGCAUUACUGGAAACACGUGUUAUUUGUAUAUUUUUAGGCUAUCAAAAAGACGUCUCGAAUUGGCUGGAUAAUGGAGCUGGAUAAAGAUUUAAAUAUGUCGUUCGCUGGUUGCGGGUUUAUGGCAGUGUAUUACUUUGGCGUUUACUGCUGCUUUUUGGAACGAGCAAAUAAUUUUAUUGAUAGGGCUGCAAAAAUAUCAGGGGCCUCGUCGGGUGCUCUAACCAGUGCCAUGAUAGUCUGUCGAAUGUCCCCAGCCAAGUGCUGUGAACAUUUAAUGGAAAUUGCUAAAGAAGCCCGAAAAGGCACCCUGGGUCCCGCGCGACCGUCAUUCAACUUGCUGAAAAUUGUGCGUGAGCUCUUGAACCGUGACUUGCCUGAAAACUCUCAUCUCCUUGCCUCUGGAAGACUUCAUGUGUCCGUCACACGUGUGUCUGAUAGGAGAAACGUAUUGAUCUCAGAGUUUGAAAGCAAACAGGACCUUAUUCAGGCUUUGGUGUGUAGCUGUUUCUUCCCUCUAUUCUGUGGUGUGAUUCCUCCCAGUUAUCAGGGAGUUCGUUAUGUGGAUGGUGCUUUGAGUGACAAUCUUCCUUAUUCCGAGCUGAAAAACACCAUCACAAUUUCAGCAUUCUCUGGAGAGAGUGACAUCUGCCCAAGAGAUGGUCCUGUUUACUUUCAAGAAGUCUAUCACAACAACGUCAGCAUAUACGUCAACUAUGACAAUGUGUUCUGUGUGGCCAGUGGCUUCUUCCCUCCAGAACCUGAGAUUAUGGCUGAGAUUUGUCAGAAUGGAUACAGGGAUACACUCUGCUUUCUGCUGAAGAACAAUCUCAUAAAGUACUCAUUAUCUGCUGUCACCCUGACCGACAUGUCACCCACUGAUUAUGAAGAGAUAAAGCAGCAAACAAAGAACACAAGCAAGAGGAUGGAGACUCAGAGGCCUCUGAAUAAACAGCACUGGCCGUUCGAUGAUAAAACUGUUUGCCUACUAUCUGAGCCUAUGAAAAAAGUGUUUUGCAAAGCCAGUGAAGAGUUUCGGAGGCAGUUUUUCGUGGUGAGGCUGGUCUCCUUCAUCCUGCUUCCCUGUACACUCCCUCUGGAAGCAGCCUACGUCACAGCUCAGAGGUUGGGUAACUGGAUCUCAGAGUGGCUACUCAAACUGCUGCACUGGUUCUGGGAGUUUCCUCAUCGUUUGUGCAAACGAACAGACUCCAAACGUGAGAAAGCUCUGUAGAAGUGUCGCAGUUUGUUUUCGGGCUCUUGAUCACCAGGAUUCCUCCACCCUGGGCCGACGCGGAUUCUUCUGGAAGAGAUCCGCUGCCUAAGCACCCUCACCAACAGCUGUUUCAGUCACAGCUUCCUUAAAAUCUCCUCUACUUACCACUGCCCAACAGGAGCACAAAAUACCCACAAGUGUCAGAAAAACAACAACAACAAAAAAAUCUUCUCUAAUUUGACAAGAGGACAAAGCCAAGGUGUAAAGAAAAGUUUCAACUGGAAAAAAGAGGAAAGACUAUUUACAGAAGAGCAAUACUACACAACAAUUUCAAAUGGUUAAGAAACUGAAAUUCAAAAGACUCACAGGGAGUACUUGGAAAACACAAAUAUUUAAUGAGAAAACAUCUAAAAGUCAUUGGUAAAACAAAAAUAGCACCUUUCUGUGCAUGACAACAAAUAUACAAAAUAAGAUAGUGUGUGUGUUAAGAUUGGUGUAACUCUUUUGAACAAUGCAAAGUGACAAUACUUCCAAC